AUGCCGUUCACAGAGGACAGCCAACUCGACCUGGCGUUCGACCCUUCGCUAAUCCCGCAAGAGAUCAAGGAUGGGUUGGCUGAUGGCUUACAUAUCCGACCCCUGGCCUCCACAGACUACCAGCGUGGGCAUCUCCAGCUUCUCACCGUCCUAACAAAAGUACCCGAUCCAGGGGAAGACGAGUGGGUGCAGCGAUUCAAGCUACAACAAUCAUCCGCCUCUGCCUCUGGGUCGGCCACAUCUCCUGCGCAGUACUACACCAUUGCCAUCAUCAGCCAAGAAACCGACAAGCUCGUCGCGGUCGGAACCGUCCUGAUGGAGUACAAGUUCAUCCGAGGGCUAGGGAAAGUCGGGCACAUUGAAGACAUUGCCGUCGAUGCAAACAUGCAGGGGAAGAGCCUGGGGAAGACGAUCAUCGCUGCGCUCACGGCCGUAUCAGAGAAAGCUGGAGCCUACAAGACAAUACUGGAUUGCAGUGGGGAUAACAAGGGAUUCUACGAGAAAUGCGGGUACAAGCUAGCAGGCGUGGAGAUGGCGAAAUACACUACGUAACAUUGCCGUCGAAGGCUACCGCUAAGUCCAAUAGCGGAACACUGACGGAAAAGAUCUCACUGCCUUGCAUCAUAAGAUAAGAAUAUCCUCGAGGGUGCGUCAUUAGCUGCAUUCUCCUGAAUAAACCAGU